AAUAUACAUGAUGACAAACCCUAACCCUAGCCAUUGUUUCUAUUAUCUUUGUACGAAUAAAGCUCAUUAUUUUUCCAUCGGAGAGUAACCAAAUCUCUGUGAAAUCUCUGCGUGGCUUCUUGCUCUCUAACCUCGCACAGCAAUGGUUAACGUACCGAAGACCAAGAAAACUUACUGUAAGUCUAAGGAGUGCAAAAAGCACACCUUGCACAAAGUUACACAGUACAAAAAGGGUAAGGAUAGUUUGGCUGCACAGGGUAAGCGUCGUUAUGAUAGGAAACAAUCCGGUUAUGGUGGACAAACUAAGCCUGUUUUCCACAAGAAGGCUAAAACCACAAAGAAGAUUGUCUUGAGGUUGCAAUGCCAGAGUUGUAAGCAUAUGUCCCAGCAUCCAAUCAAGAGGUGCAAACAUUUUGAGAUUGGUGGAGACAAGAAGGGCAAGGGAACUUCUCUAUUUUAAGAAUGGAAGGAAUAUCAGAACAAUGUAUUAUGUUUCUCAGACUCUUUGUUUGGUCUUUUGUUAUUUUAUAUGAAGUAAUGCAAUUGUGGCUCAUCUCUGUUUCUUAUUCAAACUAUUGUUGGUUUUUACAUGCCAUUUGCAGCAUCCUUUGGCAUUUAAGUUCCUCUCUCUU